AUGGAAGAAUCUCAAAAAUGUUGGAGAAAACAAGUAGACGAAAAUCUCAAAAGACUACACUCUCUCUUGUUCGGCGUAGAACGCGCCAUCGAAAACUACGAUUUCUCUUCUGCUUACAUCCUUUCUCUUCGUCUCCUCGGAUUCCUAGAUUCUCAUUCUCAAUCGGAAAUCGAUCAAGCGUUCAUUCAACACAUUCGUCGUCAAGCUUUAACCUACCUUCACACCGCCAGAAAAUCGAUAACUCCAGUAACUAAUAGCCAAGCUUUUGAGCAAGUAAAGAGGUCACCAGGACCUGUUUUUGGCACAUCAGGAGAUAUUGACAUUGAAAAGAUACAGAAUUCAAAAUAUUUUCAAGCUCUUCUCAAGCCAUCUAAAGAAAAAGAUUGCAAUCAAUUGUUCCAGGUUGAUCAAUCGAGGAAGCAAAACAAAGCAGAAAAGGAAGCCUCAAAGGAAGGGGUGCAAGCAAAGUUAACAUCUUUGUAUGGGAAAAGCAGCUUGAGGACUAAAGGAGAGGAACGAGCUUAUGGAAACACUUUUUCAACAAAACGUGCACACACUGAAAAUAAUAGCCCAAGAGUUGGCUAUGUCAAGUCACCUUCAACCAAGGAAGAAGUUAAUCUCGAUGUUGCUGGCAACGGGUUCGUUACUGCCAGAGCAAAGUUGGAAAUGGAAGUAAAGCAAAAGCGAGGUGCAAUCGGCUCUCCCAAUGCAUCUGUCUCACCACAAUGCGACAACCAUUCUGCCAACAGGCUAUAUGGUGGGAGAUCAUAUGGUGUUCCACGACGUGGCAUCCGUGGUAAUUUUGUCCCUCCUAUUAAAUCCAAUGGGAACAACACUGGAAAUACAACUUCCCGAAAUGCAGGAAAGGGUGAUGAUUCUUUAGACGAAUCAACAAAAAAAUGUUUGGAAUUCUUGUGUGGUCCUGAUGGUGAACUUCCAGAGAAAUUAAGGAAUUUAGAACCUCGCCUCAUUGAGCAUGUUAGUAACGAGAUUAUGGAUAAAGCUCCCAAUGUCCACUGGGAUGACAUUGCUGGAUUACAACAUGCCAAACGUUGUGUCAAUGAGAUGGUCGUAUUUCCUCUGCAACGUCCUGACUUAUUUACGGGCUGCCGUUCUCCUGGGAGAGGACUGCUUCUAUUUGGUCCACCAGGAACUGGUAAAACAAUGAUAGGAAAAGCCAUAGCUGGGGAGGCAAAGGCAACCUUCUUUUACAUAUCUGCAAGCUCGUUGACCAGCAAGUGGAUUGGUGAAGGUGAAAAGCUAGUAAGAGCACUCUUUGGAGUGGCCAGUUGUCGUCAGCCAGCUGUAAUUUUUGUUGAUGAAAUAGAUUCUCUUUUGUCUCAGCGUAAGUCAGACGGCGAGCAUGAAUCAAGUAGAAGGCUAAAGACACAGUUUCUUAUUGAAAUGGAAGGCUUUGAAGGUGUUACUGAGCAAAUUCUGCUUAUAGGGGCAACAAAUCGUCCUCAAGAGCUUGAUGAAGCAGCACGAAGGAGACUUACUAAAAGGCUAUAUAUUCCUCUACCAUCCGCAGAUGCAAGAGCUUGGAUUGCACGUAGCCUUUUAGAGAAGGAUGGAUUAUUCAAUCUAUCGGACAAGGAAAUGGAAAUUAUAUGUAACUCAACGGAUGGUUAUUCAGGAUCAGACAUGAAAAACUUAGUGAAUGACGCUUCAAUGGGUCCCAUAAGAGAGGCAAUACAUCAAGGUAUAGAAAUUACAAAGUUGAAAAAGGAGGAUAUGAGGCCAAUAACUCUUCAGGACUUCAAGAAUUCCCUAAAAGAGGUGAGGGCUUCUGUUUCACCAAAUGAACUUGGAAAUUAUGAGGAAUGGAACAAGAAAUUUGGAAGCUUAGCACUUUAG